UGCCCGAGUCCCGGGCGAAGCCGCAGGGUCUGCCUGCCUGUGGCCUUCCCAGGGCUCUCUGUCCUGAAGGCGGCCCAGGGCUCCGCCAGCCCCUUUCCCAGAUGCGGCCUGGCUUCGGGCAUUGCAAGCACCUGAGUCCCACAGCCCACCCCGCUCCGGGAGGGCCAAGCUCUGGGAGGGAGGAAGGGGCUUUCUGGGCCGUGCUUCUUAACUGAAUCUUCAGGAUGCCCACACCGUGGCUCCACGUGGGUGCCCUCAGACCCAGAGCUGCGGAAACCCACCCUGGGCUCCGCCUUCCCUAGGGAACUGGGUCUCCAGCUGCCUGAGGAGGAUGGAUGACAAUGGAUGGGAAAGGUCUUUGCAAAAAGCCGCGCGUCAGGGUGGGUUUUAACAAAGGAAGCUUCGUACUAGAAUCCGAAGGUGUCACUGGGAAGCCACGCCCAUGGGUGAGGCUUGCUUCAAACCCUCUCAGGAUGCCCCCCUUCCCUACAUCCCCCUAUCCGCCCCCAAUCUGCCUGGCACACUCCUACACACCCUUCUAGACCCAAGCUGAAGUGACCACUCCAGGAAGCCCUCCUUGUCCCCUCCGUUGCCUGUUCUUUUUUUCUCUGGCUCCCACCCCAAGAGCAAAGCUCAGCAGGGCAGGGCUCCGAUCCAAGUCCUCUCUCCCGUCCCCUGGGCCCGGCACCCCAUCCCCGCACACAGUGAGCAGAAUGAGCCAGAGCUAAACUCGUUUUGUCUUGGCCUAUAAAUCCCACUGCACACGCACGAUGCCAUCGACAAGGGAAAGGAGCCCAAAGUGAAACCCAAUCACACCGCUUCCCUCACACGCCUGGGGAGCCUCUGAGGAAAUUCCUGCCCCGGAUGAUUGAAGGAAUUUGCCUUUAUUUUUAAUUUGUGCCAAUAUCUAAGAAAACGGCACUUUAUUUUGAGCCCAUCGAGCAAAGAGGAGCCUGGGAAUCUGGCGCAGGAGGCAAACUUUCCCAGCCCAAUCUCCCCAUGCAAAUCGCUCAGCCGAGAGGAACCGGCGUCCCUCCCCCUCCGCGGGGCACCUCUUGGAGGUUUGCCAGGGAGGGAUAAUCAGAUUAUGUAGCUGGGGUUUCAAAGAGCAGGGUUUGUCUCAUUUUCCAGGCAAGUGUGAACAGAAAAAAAAUUUUUUUUCCUUCCAGGGUUCUGCUAAGAGCUUGCAGAACUUAAUUCAGUGUUAAAUGGGUGUGAUUUGGGAAACUCAUGCAUUAUCUCUUAAUUUCUUGAAGGCGCAUCUGUGCACAUCUGCUGAGGCAGGUCGGGUGCGGACAGAUGGGGGCUCCGGCAGUGUGCACCCCACGCAGGGGCCGAGGGUGCACUGCAGGCUGUGAGGGGCACCCUGGAAAGCCAGCUGGAGGUGCUUUCAGUUCUCCCACCCGAUGCCCAGGGCAGGGGGCACCUGCAGUGGCUCCUAUAAAGGGCACCUUGGGUUUUGGGGUUUCAGUAUCCAAGGAAUUUUGGCUCCCCCAGCCCAGGCCUCAGCGGCCUCUGGACAAUGCCCACUGUGUGGCUGGUGACCGUGGGCCCUGAAGGACGCCCAACUCACUGUGUGACCUUGAUGCCUCCGUGUCCCCGUCCACAUAUGAAGAUGUGGAGGGGCUUGGGGUCCUCCCCAGCAGUGGCCCCAUUACUGUGCAGCAUAGACUCAGGGUGCUGCUGCCAGGGCUUGGUCUGUACCCCACUCCCUUCUAAGCUGGGGACGGUGAGGCUUCCAAUGGCUUCCAGGCACUUUGGGCUACCACCAGAAAAACCUGGGCAGGGCUAGGGUUGGAGUGAGGGGGCAGCGGGGUGCCCAGGGCAGGCCCUGACCCGAAUCUCCCAAGCUGGCCACAGCUGGGGACAGGGGACAAGCAGGGACAGAGGGGCUGGGACAUCCACAGUCCCAGCUAGAGACUGAGGCCUGUGUAGCCAGCCCCAAGCAGGUCAUGGGGAGGGGCCAAGGAAGCGUGUGCUAGGGGAGGGAGGGAAAGAGGAGCGGGAAGAGACGGAGCCUCCCCUACCACCAGCACCUACAAAGCGGGGACGUGAUGGCCCCAGGAAGGCGUGGCCCAGGGCAGGAGGAGCACCCUGCUCCCUGGCACCCGGCUCUGGUGUUCAGGACCCCACCUUUUAGAACAGUAUUUGAGAAACUGAGCCCCACUGUUCUCGGGGUUUCAGAGAAGCAACUUCAGGUGCUUUUAAAAAGAGCAACUGAGGAAGCCGCUCUGGAGAGCCAGGGAGAGUGUGGGGUUCAUUCUAAGAGCCAUGAGAAUCUGCUGUGUGAAUCAGCUGGGGAGAAGCCAAGGCAACAGGGGCUGAGUUAAAAGAGGUAACGCAUCCCCAAGAAAGGAGGUGAUAUCUAAGCAAACAGGACAAUGACCAGCAGUUAGGCCUCCAGCAGCUCCCAGCCGGCCGGCCGUGUGUCUACAGCCUGGUGACGUCCGUGGUUGCAAGUGUGAUCCUGGCUGGGAGGUUUGUCAUGAACCUGUCCCUGAGCCUGGCUUUGCAUCUGAACAGCAGGAGCGAGCAGGUCUUGUGGCUCAGGAGGCUGUGUCAGCAAAGCUACUGUGGACACAGCUGAGGCAGCCAGACCUGGUGUGACCUGCUACCUCCCCCAGACACCAACGCCUGGUGCCCGGGCAGCCCCUGCGUCCUCCCUGAAGUGCGGGGAAGGGGAUGGGGACUAGGUGUCUUCUUGUCCCCAACGACUGGCCCUGUUGCCCCUCGACCAGAGGCCACCAAGCCCAAAGCUUCUCCCCCUCUUCCCUACCUCUGAGGCCCUCGGCCAGGCUGGGGGUGAGGUGGGGGCUCCUUGUUCCUGCCAUGCCAUCCCCUUGCCCAGUCCCCAGGCCCAGGAGAGGACAGUCCCCUCCUGUCCAUCUGCAGCUGCACCUUGGAGGGUCCAUGUCCUGCAGCCCCUCCUCUCUCUGCAGACUACCUCACCCGGCCCCUCCUGCACUCCGCGGGGCAGGCGCUCGGGUGUGUGUUCCCAAGGCAUGUGUCCCUGAGGUCCACAAGCUGGCCCAGACAUGCCUGAACCCACCGGUUUGUCACUGGCUGCUUCCUUCCUGUUUGCUUCCUCCGGGACCACUGUGGGUGGUGGUGUCAACGCAGGGAACCACUAAGGAGGGCAGUGAGGGGAUGGGCGGGACACCGGUGACAAGGGUGCCUCUCUCAGGGCAGGUCCCAGCCAUUUGCUGACCCUCAAAGACCUGAUCCCACCCCUCCUGUCCCCAUAAACUCCCGCACAGGAGGCCCAAGAGCUGGAGUGGGACAGACAGGGACACACACAUACAUGCACACACAGGUCCAGGCAACUGCUUCCGUCACCCCUAGUUGACCAGUAGGUCCCACACCUCCCUGAUGCCGGAGACAGACCAGCAAACCCUGCUUGCCCUUGACAUUAAAACCCCCACCCAUGCUUUCAGCUUCAGCCACAAGGGGCAGGGGCAGCCGGGCUGCAGAACUUCCAGCCAGGACAGGCACAGAGCAAACGGCUGUCAGGGCAGGGAGGCGUCUGGCCCUGAGCAGGACCAGGGAAGGCAGGGGGACCUGCACGGACACGAGGGACCAAAGGUUACUGCGAUUCUCCAUUCUUGGUGACAUCUCUAACCCACUUCCACGGCUGACCAGAAGCGGGCUGUUCCAAAGGCCCCCGAGGGACACACUGGGACACUCAGAAUCCGCGCAGGAACAAAGGGCAAUGGGGGAGGAGCUUCCCAUGGGGGGGGUGGAGCGGGAUUUGCCAGCCCACCCGCGUCUCACUGCUGCCCAGGGUGACCGUCAAAGCCCAUCGGUGACUGCAGCCCCCUUAGAUGACACUGAGGGGCCAGGCCCUCACUUUACAGACCAGGAAACUGAGGCUCGUUGGAGGCGGAGGCCACACAUCUGUCAGCCCUUGGCCGCUACUCCCGGGGUUUUGUCCGCGACCUCACAGCAAGCCAAAGGGUGGUGGGAAAGGCUCGCGCUGAACUCACAAAUAAGAAAACAGAGGCUCAGAGGGGUCCAGAGCCCGGCUCACGGGUUCAAGGUCACAAAGCUGGGGAAGCCAGGGUGGAGGCGCCUGGGAUUCCCCGUGCGGGGCACUUUCUGCUCUUCCCAUCCGGGUCUGGCAGGAACAGCCACUAAGCCAAGGGGACCUGGAGGCCCUGAGAGGCGGGAGAGACACAAAGGCGCACACGGAGACGCUCCGCUGGAUUAUAUAACCCCCUCCCGGGGGGCUGCUCCAGGGUGCCACCGAGGCAGCCAAGGUGGCCCAGAGACCCACAGUCGGCCUGGCCCACCCACCAGCCGGCUCGGCUCUUUCCAAAGAGGUAACAGUUGGAGGCGCCAGGACGCGCUGGCUUUUCUUUCUCCUUUCUUUUUUUUUUUUUUUU